CGGCUUUCGAAGCCCCCGCGGCGUACAUCCUCGAUUCCACGAUAUGACGGAAGGAGUUGACGUAAUCAGAGAGAAAAGCGUAGCCGAAUCCAAGACGGCCGCCCGUCCAAGCGGUCAAAACCAGGAUCCAACGAGAUUUACUCGCAACGUUCCGUUGUCGUGGAGAGCCUUCUCGGGCGUAGCUGUCACUCCAGCCCACGAAGCACGAUGCCUGGCGUACGAAGAACGACUUUCCACUUUUUCACCCAGCACGUAUUUUGCCAAACCUGUUUCCUUGUCGCCACUCGUCUGUGCUCGCUUUGGCUGGCGCAACAUUGAAAUGGAUUUGCUGUGUUGUGACGCCUGCCAAGCAGUCUGGGCUGUCGAGUUUCCGCCAACUCUUUCCGCACACGCCACACAGCGUUUAACGGCAAUGUAUGUACCGCAAGUAGCCUCCGCACACGCGGUGUCCUGCCGCUACCGUGCCGAAGCGUCACGGUUUUUGGACAACAGGAAGGUAGAGGAUACUGCAGUUGGUCUUGAUGCGAACACAAGUACGUCACAAAAGUUGGCGUUACCACCUGCAUUGGCAAGUGUAUGGCCCGCCGAGGAAGUGGCCCUGCUGGAAAGUGUAGAACCUAUCAACAUGCUGAAGCCGCUCAUCGCCAUGCUAGCAAAACUUUGUGGCAAAACUUCGUCUUCUUCGGGUCUAGUCGUCCCCGAUAGCUUUACCUUGUCUCGCCCACAAAAUACAAUAAUUGGCAAUGUUGUGUUGCUAAGUCGCCUUACCGAUAUCUUGACUGACGGUAUGGGCGAUGUGAAAGAGGACCGAGAGGCCUUUGAAACGGCCACCCUGCUAACACUCUUUGGAUGGCGGAUCAUGGCUAAGGAAAAAACCAUUGCGGCUAGCAAGGAAGUGUCGUGUGCCGCGCCAAAUGAAGAAACCCUGGAAACCACCGGCAUUUCAGAAUCCGAAAUACUCACUUGUCGUUUGUGUCACGCUCAGUUGCCGCUGUUUCAGCAAACAGCCGAUUUUGAUGCUUCGGCAAUACAAGACAAUUCCCGACCUUGGAAACGGUUACGACGAGGAGGGCUGGAUCCAGCUUCCCAUCGGCAUUAUUGUCCCUACGUGUGCGGUCCUGGAUGCGAAAAGAAGGCAAUUCCUUUCUGGAAAGCUCUAGCAGAGCAAGUUCUGGAUUCAAAGACGAACCAGCAGCAAAGUUCGAGCGGUUUGUCGGAAUGGAGGGAAUCUGAUACCGCGUGGAGGGUUAUUGAACGUAUAUUACGGCAAGGCCUUUCAACCAAACGACUACCAAAAAAUGAUAUUUCAGAUGGCGACAGAACUAAGCUGCAGAACUUUUGAAUCUAAUCUAGUUUGGGAGAUCGACAGAACGUG